AUGCCAGAAUUCCAGAAAAGUUCAGUUCGUAUCAAGAACCCUGCAAGAGUGGAAGAAAUUAUCUGUGGUCUUAUCAAAGGCGGAGCUGCCAAACUUCAGAUAAUCACAGACUUUGAUAUGACAUUAAGUAGAUUUUCCUACAAAGGGAAAAGAUGCCCAACAUGUCAUAAUAUCAUUGACAACUGUAAGUUUGUUACAGAUGAAUGUCGAAAAAAGUUAGUGCAACUAAAGACACAGUAUUAUGAUAUUGAAGUUGAUCCUGCUCUUACUGUAGAAGAGAAGUUUCCUUAUAUGGUAGAAUGGUAUACUAAAUCACAUGGUUUGCUUGUUGAACAAGGUAUACCAAAAGCUAAACUUGGAGAGAUUGUGGCAGAGUCUGACGUUAUGCUCAAGGAAGGAUAUGACAAUUUCUUCGAUAAGCUCCAACAGCACAGUAUCCCUGUGUUCAUAUUUUCGGCUGGUAUUGGUGAUGUACUAGAAGAAGUUAUCCGUCAAGCUGGAGUUUAUUAUCCAAAUGUAAAAGUAGUGUCCAACUUCAUGGAUUUUGAUGAAAAUGGGGUUCUCAAAGGAUUUAAAGGAGAACUGAUUCAUGUAUUUAACAAACAUGAUGGUGCCUUGAAGAAUACAGACUACUUCAGCCAACUAAAAGACAAUAGCAACAUAAUUCUGCUGGGAGACUCCCAAGGAGACUUACGAAUGGCAGAUGGGGUAGCCAAUGUUGAACACAUUCUGAAAAUUGGAUAUCUAAAUGAUAGAGUAGAUGAGCUCUUAGAAAAAUACAUGGACUCUUAUGAUAUUGUUUUAGUACAAGAGGAAUCAUUGGAGGUUGCCAACUCUAUUUUACAGAAGAUUCUAUAAACAAGUUUUUCAAGAAGACUUCUCUCCUGCGAGUACAAUUGAUACAAGAACUGCUCAUCUGUCUGUCUGGCUGAAAGACUCUUAUUUAUAAUAUAUUCUUGCUCUUGAAAUUUUCACUUUACAUAAGUGAAGUAUUUUUAGACAUAAAAAAAAUUUUCCCACCUCUCAAGACACUCCUCACCAUAUUUUUUAACUGGUUAAAAAAAACUGAAACCAAAAUUAGAAAAUAACUCCCUACUUUCCCAAGUUUAAUGUUAUCAUGCAGUUUUUGAGGAGUCUUUUUACUCCAGGGAAGUUUGUAAAAGUUUUAAAAGAAGUUUUAUGAAAUGGUGAAAUAAGGUGCAUGAUUUUAAGUUUGGCAUUUUUGUAAUUUGGGUGGAUUAUGAUGAAGGUAUCACUGUCUCUUAAAGUUGUGUUACAGUUGGUUAUUUUGUCUGGGAAGAAAAUCAGUAUUGACUAGAAAAUGCUGGCAUUGUAGUAUUUGAAAAAACUGUUGGUGUCCACAUGUCACUAAUAAAAUGUUCUAUAUUAAAGCACUGAUAAUAAACAUGAAAUGAAAAGCCUUUUUAAUUCUGCUAUCAAGACU